AUGGAAGAAAACACGAGAAAAAGUUGUAGACCCUCUCUAUGGUCAUUUUUCUGUUGCACCAAACACAAAUCAAGCAGUAGUAGGACUACUGAAGAUGAUUCUCUACAGAUAGCAUUCGUAGAAAACGAUGGCGUUGAUUUAUCAUCUUCUACUAGCACCACCACCUCAAGAAAGCUUGGUUGGAAGGCCGUGCCUUACAUCUUAGGAAAUGAAGCUAUUCAGAGAUUGACAACGUUCGGGUUGAUGGGAAAUUUUAUGGUGUAUUUGGUGAGGGAGUUUCAUAUGGAUCAAGUGGUGGCAGCCAAUAUUCUCAAUGUCUGGAAUGGUGCCUCCAACCUUUCUCCUUUAGUUGGAGCCUUCAUUUCUGAUGCUUACCUUGGCAAAUAUCUUACCAUUGUUUUGGCUUCCUUUGCAGCUAUUCCCGGCAUGGCAAUAAUCACUCUAACAGCAUCAAUACCACAACUUAGACCACCAAAAUGCAGCCAAACACUGGAACAGCUAGGUCAAUGCAUUAGCUAUACAAAUUCCCAACUUUGGGUCUUGCUUAUUGGCUUAUAUUGCAUAGCCUUAGCCACUGGUGGAACAUGGCCCUGCACUAUUCCCUUUGGAAUUGAUCAGUUUGAUACUUCCACUGUCGAAGGAAAGAAAGCAACGAGCAGUCUUUAUAAUUGCUUCUACACCAUUUAUACUAUAUCCUACUUGACAGGUCAAACCGUUGUUGUUUACAUCCAAAACUCCAUUAGCUGGGGUUUAGGUUUUGGGAUACCUACUUUCCUUAUGGUUUGCUCUGUUCUCUUGUUUUUAGCUGGAUCCAAAUUUUACGUGUGUGAAAAGCCUGAGGGGAGCAUUUUCUCCGGGAUUCUUCAAGUUCUUGUUGCAGCUUAUAAUAAACGCAAUCACAAGGUUCCAACGGAUGCCAAAUACUUUGAUCCUCCUCUUACAGAAAAUGAUGUGGCCAAGCUGCCACUCUCCACACAGUUUAGGUUCCUCAACAAAGCUGCUUUAAUAGUGGACAAUAGUGAUCAAUAUCUAAAACUAGAUGAUAAUGGGCCUUGUCCAAAUCCAUGGAGGCUAUGUAGCGUCCAACAAGUUGAAGCAUUAAAAUGCUUGAUAAAAAUUAUCCCAGUAUGGGCAUCCGGUAUAAUCUGCUUCGUCUCCAUAACAACACAAGGAACAUUUACAGUAUCACAAGCUAUGAAAAUGGAUCUCCACCUUGGACCAAAUUUCCAAAUCCCACCAGGUUCACUCAGUGUUAUAGCAUACAUAACAAUAGCUAUAUGGCUACCACUGUAUGACAGGGUAUUACUACCCACCGUUAGAAAAAUCACCAAAAGUGAAGAAGGAAUUUCAACUCUCCAAAGAAUAGGAAUUGGGAAUGUUUGCUCAAUUCUAUGCACGGUGGUGGCUGGUGUGGUGGAGAGACAGAGGAGGUCUCUAGCAAUAUCGAACCCUCAACCCGGUAGCGUUGCAACGAUGUCGGGAAUGUGGCUAGCCCCUCAGCUUAUCUUCUACGGUUUUUACGAAGUUUUCAAUGUGGUUGGACAGAUUGAGUUCUACAACAACGAGUUUCCUCAUAAUAUGAGAAGCAUUGGAAAUUCUCUACUCUAUCUAAGCGUAGCUGGGGGGAGCUAUUUGAGCAGUUUGCUUGUGAAUAUUGUGCACAACACAACGGACUGGUUGACGAAUGAUAUAAACGAAGGAAGAUUGGAUUAUUUUUACUUCCUAAUUGCUGGACUUGGUGCUCUGAAUUUCUUCUACCUUCUGUUCUGUUCUAGUGGAUAUCGUUACAAGACCGCUGUGAAACCUGACAUAGAGCAAUGCAAUAUUGGUGUCAACUGAGCUUGAUUAUAAGCAAAAAUUGCACAAAAUUUCCCAUACAGGAUAUAUAUAUAUAUUUUCCUUGGGGUAACUAUUAUAGAGAAUAUUUGUUACCAUAUAGAAAUUAUAUAUUUUGUACUAAACAUCUACAUACACAUGUAUACUUAUUUUUUUUUAAAUUAUAUACUAUAUGGGUAUUAUAUAAGGUUGUAUAUCAUUGUUGAUGCAAAAAUCAACAAUGAAAAAUCGUGCAUCCUCUUUUACCAUUGAUGAACCCUGUGAGCCUGUAAAAUAAAAUAAAAACUACAUUAGAAGGCCUUUGGGAUGCUAGUGUGACCCCGACCAAACACUCUUUGAUGCUCAAGUCAAAAGAGACCAUUAGACUUUCUGUAAAAAAGCAAAAGAAAAAAAUAAAAAAAUAAAAAAAGAAGAUAGUAAUAGGCAUGCAAAAAUUAUUCGUUCGUACCUUGUAUAACGGCUUAAAGCCUUUUUAUAGACUCAUAAUUAGGGUUAAGUAGGAAAAACAAAUAAAUAAAAAUUUAUUAUUUGAGGAAAGAUUAUGUUUUAAUUAGGAUCCCCAAUCUAUUUGGAUUUUGGACCAUAGAAUCCUAAUUGUUUUAGGCAGUUUAUACAUAUUUUCCUUUUUUUAUGCAGAUAUUUAGGGAGUAAUGAAAUACACCUACAUAGUUAGUCAUCCACUUCUAUGAAUAAAGAAGUCACUUAGUGGAGUGAUUAGUGUUAAAUUCUGAAUUGAGAAUUCUUCAAUUUGUUUUACAUUGAUGAACAUCUUCAUGUCGACUCCACAUUUAUUAUUCUUAUGCUGAUUUCAUAUUCUACUACUUGUACCCAUACUAACAUGGCCGAUAUCAAACAUAGUGCUGAUUAAUUAAUAGUGUUUGAAUAUGCCGAUACUAUUAAUUUCUUCUCAAGUAUCAAUUAUGUAUCAAGGACUAGCAUGUAGUUCGAGACUGUAGAUUUUGCUAUCAUUCCACCACUUGAAUUGCCAAGUUAGCAUCUUACUUAUGGUCAAGAAGUGGCUCGAGAUAGGUAAAAUGCCCGACAAUGUAUGUGGUUUGUAGUUUUUAUUGGUCCAAGACCAGCAUGUUGUUUUUACUAAGUGCGAAAAAGGAUAGCUCAAAUCACCUUAAUCUUGUAGUCAUUCCAAUCUAAAACUGACAUUUAAAACUGGUUUGUAGUCAUUCUAGUCUAAGACCGGCUUGUGGUCCUAUCGUAAUGCAUAAGGCUUGUAGCCUUCUUUAAUUGUAGGAAGACUAGACAAUGUAGUAACGAGUCAUUUUUGCAUGGAAGUUUAGUAUCAAGUAUGCAUACACAAAAUGCAAAUGAUACAAAUGAAUAUUGUAACACUCCAUCUUUGGUGGUUGACAUGUCACUUUCUACCAAUAUUGUUCUCAAUUUAGCUAGUAUAGGAUUUUGGUUUAGAGCCAUCACCUACUCCUGUACUACUCUCGCAUGAGUAUGCUUAACUUUAAAAUUCUUUAAAGGUCUGAAGCCAAUAAUUAUAAAAAGACCUCGAUAUUAUAAGAGUGUCUAUUAUCACAUUUGAACUAUUCCAUAAUCCAUACUCGGACAAUGUAGGAUUGAACACUAGAUAACCUGCCAAUACCUCACAACUGCCCACACUAGUCAUAAAAAAUAUGAAUGAUAAAUGAAUUAAUACCCAAUGAAUGCUUAUACAUCUUAAGGAGUUGGUGUGAUAGGUCUUCUCAUCCGAAUGGCACUCGGUUAGCAUUGAUCUCAUUGAGAAUGAGAUCACCAACCUGAAGCUAUCUAGUCAUGGGCCAAUAUUAUAAUAUUGUACCACAAACUGCUUCCAUUUGUUCUUUGCUUUAUGACGACUUUGUGCAGAUAAUUUAAUUAUUUAAUUGGCCGAUAAAUAUGCAUCCAAUACAAAUUUUUGUAGCUUUAGAAGAGUGCCUCGGGAAGCUUUGAAUGAGCUUUAUGGUAGCUUUUUAUGAGGCAUUCUUGUAAACGUGUAAAUAGAUCUCCACCUGCCCCUAUAGAAAUUUUCCAUGCAUGCAUAUAUUUAAUAUUAUUAUUUAAUUGACAAAGACAUACCGGAAUGAGGUGAGCAAUUUUGUAAUCGAUGACUAUUGGUGCAAUGAAGCAUUCCCACUCUUUAUGAAUAUAAGUCUUUGUGCUCCGUAGCCUGUAUUUAGCCUAAAGGUAUAUACUUUGCAAAAUAAUAAUAGUUGAUGAAUUAAUGAAUUAUAAGUGCUGCUGUUAAUUUCCCUGGUGUCAUUCCAUGUUAGCUUUUAGCUUUAAAUAUAAGCUGCCUCUAGAACAGAUUGAUUGUGAGAGAUUAAUUAAUCCAAUGCAUUGCGUCCUGUAUAAUUUCUUCAUCUCCUGUGUCUUCU